ACUCUCUCUUUCGUUUCGAAGGUUUUAGAAAGAAAAAUAAAAAGAUGGACGUUUUCGAUGGACUCCCUGAUCCGAUCGUCGUCGACAUCUUGAACAAAGUCGGUGACGUCAGAACCUUACUUCGUUGCAGUUCCCUCUCCAAACGAUUCAACUCGCUCAUUCCUCAGUCCGAGUCACUCUUCCUCCGCCUCCACCACCAAACCUCCGAGUCACACUCCGAUUCUCCCGUCGUCGUCGGCAAUAUUUUCCAAUCCUUGUUCAAAUCCUUUCACGGUCUCAUCUCUCUAUUCUCUAAACCGGCUAAACCGAUCCAAACCACUAAUCUUUCUCCCAACAUCCCUUCCAAGAUUCUCUCCCGGUUCGACCGGAUCAAGAAUCUCGAAGUCGAGCUUCCCGCCGGCGACGUCAAACUCGAGAAAGGCGCCGCCGUUAAGUGGAAAGCAGAGUUCGGAAAAACUCUCAAGAGCUGCGUCGUCGUCGCGUUUCAAUCCGCCGCCACUGUUUCUUCUUCUUCCUCCGGCGACGAGUCCGACGCCGAGUUCGUGGCUGGACUGAAGACACGCGUCGUGUGGACGAUAAGCGCGUUGAUGGCCGCGUCGACACGUCAUUACCUCAUGAGCGAGGUCGUCAAGGAGCACGAGGAGAUGGAGAGUUUGGUGGUGCGCGACGGAGGAGGAGAAGGGACGGUGGUGAUGGAAUCUAAAGGGCUGAGAGAGUUUCGAAAGACGGAGGAGGAGGCGCGUGGGGAGGACGAGGAGGAGAAGCGCGUGGUUAAAAAUCGGAGGAGUGUGGUCCCGAGCGUGAGGAUGAGUAUGAGACACGCGCCGUCGCUUAAGCUUAAGAGUGGUAUCUGUUUAGAAUCCGCGACGCUCGUGGUCGUUAGGCCGAACGAGGAUUAUUCCGACGUCGGAGAUGAUGAGCUGGCGACGGAGGCUUUCGCCGGAGAUUGUAUGUACGGUGAAGCGGUCGUCGCUUUGUUGAAGCGGAAAAAGAACCCUCUAGAGAUGAACUCGUUUUAAGCUUUUUAUUGGGCCUUGUAAUGGGCCUUUCUGCGUUUUUCCAUUUGUAAAAUUUUUUUUUUCAUGCACGUGUGCCGUGUGCGCAUUUUUUGUAUAUUAUAUACUGUACAAAGUUGGCUU